AUGUCGAGGCAACAGAUCCAAAACACCUUGUUCCUGCCUAACGAUGAACGUCUUAUUACGAUGAUUUCUGUCUCAAAAAUUCCGCGAAAAACUAACCUGAAGAAGAGGGGCAGUUGGCUCUGUGCAGUUUUGAACACAAUGGAGAGUCCUGCCAAGGUGUAUAUAUAUCAUGUGAAGAAAUCUGACAGAGGCGAAGGCUUCAAGAAGAAAAUGAGCUGGCUGCUGCGAGACUUGAGAAAACUGGAUGGCAAAUCUGCAGAAAAGCCUAGCCCAGAGUUUGACCUGCACUUUGAAAAGACAUAUAAAUGGUCAGCUGCUAGUGUUGAGGAGAAGGAAGCGUUUAUAUCUUCUUUGUGGAGGUUGAGCCACAGAUUUCUUAUUCAGAAACCUGAGUUUGAAAACAUUCCUGAGAGAUUACUUGAAGAUAUAAAGGAUCCUCAUACUUUGCGGGAAAAAUCACAGUCUGUUGAUGACAUCUCCAUUGAGGGAGAAGACUAUCAAGCAUUGUCUGCCAAAGAAGAAGCAGAUCUUGAACUGUUGAUGUCUGAGUGUCAGGUGGCCAUCAGCAAUGCUGAAGUCUUUACAGAGCAGCUUUCAAAGCAGUUGUCAGUUCUUGAUGGCGCCAACAUUCACUCAAUAAUGGGCUCAGAAGAUCAGGUUUUAAAUCUGAUGCGACUGCUUGACAAUGGCAUCAAAGAAGCAGAGCAGAUUGAGGAAAAGCUGGACUCUUAUGAUAAAAUAUUAGCAAAUGUGAAGGAACAGAUGGAAGUCAUGAGAGACAAGGACACUUUGAUGACGCUGAGAAACAAGAAUCACCAGCGGUUGUUGGAGGAGCUGCAGAAUCUUGUGGUUAUUAGACUGGACAUGAAACACAUCCAGGCACUAAUGGACGGCGACCUGACAACCCCAGCUGGAAUUCAAGAAUGUACAGCUGCAGCUCAAGCGCUGCACCGUUGCAUGAAUGCGGAUAUACACCCAUCCUUGCUGCGGCUGGGAGGUGUGGAGGAGCAGCAGAAAAGAUUCAAAAAGUUAUCUACCAACUUCUCUAAGAGACUUGUGCACCAUCUGAACAAUCUCUUCAUUCACCAGGUAACAUAUGUACAUGUAUACAUGUCUAGCUUGUCGAAGCUGUACUCAAGAGAGGUCUCGGACUUCAUUGAAAAUGCCAAGCAGAAGCUAGUUGCAGCCAAGGAAAGCAAGGGAAAGCUAGGGACCGCCACACUGUCGCGUUUAACAGGAUCAUCGACUAGUCUGGCCAAGUUGGACCACAGAGGGCGCUCGGGUUCUAUUCAGAGUGUUGACUCUUCUGCUGUUAAGUACGGUUCUGAACUUGACAUUGCCAUCAGAAGUGUCUUUGAUCAGGUUCUAGAAAAAGUCCUCACAGAGAUGGAGAGAGUGUGUAUUGCUGAGCAGGACUUUUGUUUCAAAUUCUUCCACCUCAUAGAUAAGAACACACCCAAAGAUGAGGACCAGGAGAAGGAUAAAGAUUCAACCACUGAAGGAGGUGGAGAUGUGGAAACAGAUGUAUGGGUUGCCAGGCAGACGUACUCAGCAGCAGAGGGUGAGUUUAUUACCGAAAACCUGGGUCAGGGGCUCUUGCAAAAGAGGGCUGCUGUCACCGUUGAAAUAAACAUGAUGGCGGAACUUUUUCCACAACUGGAAACCGAACUGGAUGGUUUUCUGACUCAUGCGGACAAGCAGAACGACAUGUACUCCAUGUACAUGUUGGUGCGAAUGAGUCAGCAUGUGAUCAACAACCAGGACAUGGGCUCUUUCCUAGGCAAGACAUUCGGUAAUUGUCUCAUCAAGGUCAAGAGGAACUUCGAUAAGUUUAUUGAUGCAAUGAUGCAGACCAUUCGUGAGACCAAAACAUCCAAAAAGAGUAGAUGUGGAAUCAUCAGCUUUGUUCACUCGUUUGAGGAGUUCACCAAUCUGGCAGAAAGCAUCUUCAAGGGUUCAGACAGGCAUGCUGACCUUGACAAGGCAUAUACAAAACUUGUUCGGGUCAUCUUUGAGCAGAUUAUCCGUGUGGCCCAGGAACACCAGAAGACACCCAGGGAAGUUGUUCUCAUGGAAAACUUCCACAGAAUGUUUUCCAUAUUGUCCCAUUUGAAGAAUCCAUGCCUGGAGAAUGAUCGGAAGGAAGCGAAGCAAAGAUACACAGAAAACUUGCAGGCUUACACAGUCAACUUACUGGGCAGACCUUUAGAGAAACUGCAUACAUUUUUUGAGGGUGUGGAGGCUCGUAUUGCGGCCGGUGUCAAACCGGAGGAGGUCGGUUACCAGCUGGCUUUUAGCAAACAGGAACUGAGAAAACUGAUCAAGGAGUAUCCUGGCAAAGAGGUUAAAAAAACCUUAGAGCACUUGAACAAGAAAGUUGAAAAACAGCUUUGUGAGGAAGAAAAUUUGAUUCAGGUGGUCUGGCAUGAGAUGCAGAACCUGUUUAUUAACCAGUACAAGUACUAUGACAGUCUGAUGACAAAAUGCUACCCAGACUCCAACAUUACCCUGGAGUUUACUAUGGACAACGUGCUCCAGUACUUCUCGGACAUUGCACAGUCACAUUAG